AUCUUGAUUGAACAUCCUUACUUUUUUUAAAAAUCUAAAUAGCAAUGUCGAAUAAUGAUCAGUUCAAAUACAUUGUUAAGGAGAGAACCAAGAGUGUGAUUAUAAUAAGUGACAGUGACGAAGAGGACGUGUCCGUAAGGACUGUCAUUCCACCUAUGCCCGUCCCAAAACGGUCCAACAAGAGAAAGCGUGAGAGAACUUUACCUGGGAACGCAAACGAUCCUAUUGCCUUAUUGUCAGAUUCGGAUGAAGACCUAGGAAGCGGAGAUAUCAGUACCAGUCCUUUAAUCAGCAAUACAGACACUACAGGUAACACCCAGGACGCCAAUAAUGUAAACGCGGAACAUACCAAUAUAGAUGCUGAGAUGAAUACCAAUCCUGCGGCGGUGGAAAAUGCUUUAACUGAUAAACACGUGACCACUCUUAAUCCUGUGGCUAUUGGCAAUGACUGUGAUGUAGAUAUUAUCCCCAAUACCAAUUGCAAAAUACAUACCCAAGGUACGGGCGUCAUACCUGACCUAAACAUGAAUGGCUUGAAUCAUAUGAAUACCUUUGUUCAGGAGAUCAAAUCCACUUUUGAUAACGUAUUUGGGGGUCCGCAGAUCCAAGAUCAACCCGUAAAGAAUGAAAUAAAGGAAAGCGACAAUAUAAUUGGAUCAACACAUAUCAUAGUUCACACAGAAACGGAAGAUACAACUAUAGUAUCCACUGACAAUGUUUCGGAACUAUCACAGGCUAUGGAAGAAGAUUAUUCAAGUGACGAAUGUUUUUUCGACAUGAUCAUUUCAACAUCCGAGGUAACUCUCUCACCACCAAUGUCUCCACUAUCUGAUCCAAUGAGCCAACCCGAUAUGGAACCACCCACUACAGUGGAAACCAAUAUACCACAAAAUAUGGAUCUUGCUACGCGUUUGCGUACCAUCGAAUUAUAUUUGGAAUCAGUAUCGGACAUUGAAACGUCACAAAAUAAAAACGAAAUACGAGUGUCGCGCCGGUCUCGCGAUACAUCUAGUAACAAGAAGCCUGAACACAGCACCUCAAAUAGGCCUUAUGUACCCAAUCGCGUAUGGUAUAACUCCACUUGGGAGGAUUGGGCCCAGCUUGAUGCAGGAGAUGUAUUGCAUAUUCCAUUCAACGAGCAAGAAGUCGAAAUUCUUAAAAACGCUGUCACGAAACAAAACUACAAAAAGAGUAAAUCUGGGAGAGAAUUGGUCGACUUUUGGCAAUAUGUUUCAGCUCUUUUACCAGGUAGAAGUCAUAUAGAUUGUAAAUGUUUUUGGUCAGACUACAUGGAAGGAAAUAGUCAAUUAUACAACAAAACCAUUGUGAUUGCUCGUCGUCCAGAUAAACCUCGCAAUAGAUCUUUAAAUCAAAUGUUGAUGAAAAGACGGCGAACUGGUAUAAUAAAUUAUAAUUCAAUGGGAAAUACGCUACUGGGUAACAUGAAUCGAGAGAGUACAAUUUCCGAAGGAAGUGGUGAUGCUAUUUCUUUGGCUAUUUUCAAGCAUGGAGGAGGUAUCCGUGUUGUGUCUGGUUCCUUAUGUGAUGAGCAUGAGCAAUACAACAUGCCAGGAAACCUAAGACUUUGGGAUUCCGAACUAGAUCAUACAUUAAUUUUAAAAGGUCACAAAACCGAGGAUCCAAGAACUAACGCAACCAUUUGGAGGACUGUAACGGAUGUUAAAAUGUCCAAAGAUAAGAGUUUAAUUUAUUCUGCAUCACAUGAUGGUAGUGCUAACAUUUGGAGAGCGAGUACUGGCCGAUUGGUUUCUACACUGCAAUAUCAUUGUAAGCCUAUUAACCAAAUGGCUGUGGAUUUAUCAUCCAAUGAUAACGUCCUGGCGACAUGUUCCAAUGAUGGAACAGCAACUAUUUGGAAAAUCGGUGCAAAUGGUAAAACUGGAGAAGGUUUUAUUUGUGAAUUAAAUACUCGUUUUUACAAAAAUCCGUCUGUUGAAUGCAUUGAAUUUGGUCAUCAUAAAACUGCCAAUAUGUUGUUCCUGGGUAUCAAAAAUGAAAGUAAUGAGCACACAGGAUACAUUGAGGUUUUUGAUACAAACACUUGUAACCCUGUUAUGAAAUUUGAUUCAAUGAAAGGAUCUGUUUGUGCCUUGGCCAUUUCGUCCUCUGGUAGAUUUGUUGUUUCGGGAAAUUAUAAUAAUUAUGACAACAUGUCGGGUGACAAAUUUAUCCAUAUGCACGACUGCAACAAUAGACGCAUAGCACAUAAAUUUUACUCUGGUCACCCCGAUGUGAAUGUUGUUGCAAUCAGUCCCUGUGAAACCUAUGUUGCUUCCGGGAACGCUGACAAGGAGAAAAGCGAGGUACUUGUGUUUGACGUAAGAAAUAACAAAAGACCUCUUCACAAACUAUGCCAUGAUCAGACUUUAAUUGAUCAGUCUUUGAUUGCCCCUGACUCCAGUAUGGGUAUUGGUGGUCUGUAUUGGACAUCGGAUAGCCGCACUAUCAUUACUGGUGGUGGUGAUUCUACCGUUAAAAUUUGGGGAAUCGAAGGCGAAACCCGAUUGAUCAAAACAUAUCAGACAUCUAGCUGUGUAACGAGUAUUGCUGUGGAUGAAGAAUCUAUGACUGUUGCUGCUGGUGUCGCUGGAGCCGAAGGAAUUGUUCAUGUCUGGCGUCCAUAAUAUCCUAUGAAUAAAAUUAAGCUCAAACAAUUUUGUGUAUCUACUGGGUUAUUUUUUAACUAGCGCA